CUAGUGGUUGGAUGUGUGUAUCUCCCACCACAGUCGUCAUUGGAUAAGUAUGUGAGUCAUAUGUCAACAAUUUCUUAUUUGAAGGAAAAAUAUCCCAACUGUGCAUUGAUUAUUGCUGGCGACUAUAAUCUCCCCAGUAGCUGUCCACAAGACGAAUGUGCAAAUACGGUAUACAGUGAGAUGAGUGUGGCUAACUGUCAACAGUAUAAUCAAAUUCGUAACAUAAAUGAUCGUACGCUUGAUUUAUGCUUUAGUAGCAUUGAAAUAUAUGUGGACAGUGCCGAGGCUAUUAUUGAUGAGGAUAAGCACCACCCGGCUAUAAGUAUACGUGCCGAAAUCAAGGCCAACCUAAAAACGAACGUGGCACCGACCUAUGCAUUCAAGAAAGCGGACUACCGGGGAUUGAAUUACUUCUUUUUGAGGAUUAACUGGAUUGAACUGUAUAAAUUAGUAUCACUGGAUGACAAGGAAAGGCAACUAUCCAUGCUGGUUUUCUAGGGAGCUGAUAGGGAAAAUACAGCAGAAAAAGGAUGCGCAUACAACAUACAAAAGAUUAAAAACCAGUUACGCCUACAAUGUCUUUCGUCGGUUGCGAUCGGAAUGCAAAAGAAUCGGCAAAGGGUGUUACAGCGCAUACACGUCCAGGAUGGAGGAGCUUGUGCGGGUAGACACGAGUCAGUUCUGGAAAUUCAUCAAAAGCAGGAGACGGAACAAUAUGGAUAUUCCAUCCGCCGUGUCGUGGAAAGAUAGUGUAGCUACGACGGGUG